UGUCAUUCUCAGCUGGACAUGACUUCAAAAUUAUACUUAAUAUCAAUAAUGGAAAAGAAAGGACAAAUAAUCAAUGUUUGUGCCCAAUUAUGUAUAUAGAAAUGAGAGUGUAUACCCUCUGCAAUGUUAAUAUAAUAGGCAAUAAUGGAUAGUAAUUCUGUUGAUGAAACAACAGGCAAGUGUAGUAGAGACAACAGUAUCAACUUGGGUACUUCACACUCCAGUCUAAAAAGUACAAAAAGUUUAGACAAAUCAAGUUCUGGAGGGAGCCUAAAGAAGGGUAGCAUCCAGUUUAAAACCGAAUCCCUACAACAUGAGACUGACAAUCAAAAAAUUCAUGGAGACGCUUCACUUAAAGUGCCUCAAAAAAUAAUUUCAAAUUGGAGACAAGCUUGUGACAAGACGAAAGAUAAGACAAAGGAUUUGUUAAAAAGAUGGAGAACACUGCCAGAAAUAGAAGCUUUAAAUGUUCCUAAAGCUGAGGAUGAUAGUCUAAAAAGUGAUAGUUACAGGGAGAGUGGAUGGAGUGUUCAUAUAUGGACUACCUGGGUAGACAGGUUCAGUAUUGAAUCACCAGAUGAGCAUAAGGAUUCUUACACAUUGACACCCAUACAGAAACAUAAACUGUCACACUUUUUUAGCUAUUUAUUGGAUCAUGAUCAAGAUAAUCUAGUUUGUGAACAAGAUUUUGAGUCAUUAAUAGAGAGAUUAAGGCAUUUUGCUGAUUGGUCAGUAAAUUCACCAGAAUUUAACAUUUUAAGGGAAGUUGAAAGAGGUUUUAUAUCAUCAUUUUUAACAGACAUAUCAGAUGAAAAGUUUGGCUUUGAACUUCAUAACUUAAAUUAUAUUACCAAAGAGGGAUGGUUACACACAUGGGCAGAAUUAAUAAAAGGAUCCCGAACUCUUAAUGAUUUUCCAAUUUGGCUACAGUUUUUUGUCAAAGUACUGUUUCAAGUGAUCAAUAAAGGAGGGACUGGUAUCAUUACAAGAGAUGAGCUGGCUUGUUUUUAUUCAUCAGUCCUUUGUCUAAACACAGUGAAAGUAGGAGAACUAUUGGAUAUUGCUUACCAAGCUAUGACUUCAAAUGGCGAUCAUCCACUUCAUUAUAGAUCAUUUCGUUUGUGUUUUUCUAAUUAUUUAUUGGGAAGGUACCCAAAUGGUUCAGGGCACUACAUACUAGGAGCCCCACCAGCUGAACAGCCUUCAGCAAUGUUUCCUGUAGAUUAUUCUGCAUUAAAUGCACAGCCUGAAGAUUUAGAGCAAUAUAUUCCUGACCAAAAAUCAAGUAGAAGAAGCGUUGUAGUUUAAAGCGCUUAGCUGUAGGCUUAGGGGAAGUUUUUGCACAUAGAUAUUAAAAAAUCAAAUCGCUGUAAGUUUAACACCAUUGUAUUGUUAUAAAUAUAUUUAUGUUGCAAUUCCAAACGGCACCAAUGUACAAUUUUUAAUAUGAUAUGAUAUAUAUGAUUCAUAUAGGUCUUCGCAGCAUUCAUUAGUGACAUAGGGUUGUUACAGCGUUUGGACUCUAUGCACCUAAGAAAUUUCAAAAACGUGUGCAUCCACCAUCGGUCAAGAAAAUUGUAUUUUAACUUUUAUUUAACUUUAUUUUUUAUAACAAAAUCCGUUCUGAUAAAUAACACUUACAGCAGCAACAAUUAUUGGUUUUGAUGAUCUUAACGCAGCAUUGCUUGUUUUAUGCAUUAUAUUAAAGCCACCCAUAAACUGAUUUCUAUAAUAAAAAUAUUAAACCAUUUUCAUUUUACACAAGUGCACCUUUGUAUAUAAAUGAAAUUCUAAAUAAUAUGUGAUAUUAAAUGUUUUUAUGAUAUGCUGAAAUCUGACUGGACAUUUUGAUGUUCUGUAUUUGAUCCGCGAAAUUAUUAAGUCACUUCUACCUCUUGAUGAUAAUAGGAAUUCUCUUCUAUAGGUAAAUGGUUGUCCAAUCAGAUUCUGUGAUUGUUAUGUAAAACGAUUUUUUCCGUAAGAUUAAGUUGCACAAUGAUAGGCUUACAACAAAUAGUGUUCACAGACAUGACCAAUCACAAAAUUUGACAUAUAUUUGAUCCAAAGUUAAUAUUUAAUUUAUAUAAGACACUAAAAUAUUGUUUAGGGAAAUUUGAAAUCAAAUAGAUAUUAGUUUGGUCACUGGUCUA